UAUACUCUGAACAGACUGAACCAGAUCCAGAAUUAUGCUGUUACAGCCAGUCUGGAGCUUCCUGCUAGGACACUCCUCCGUCCUGCGCUCCCCUUUCUUCCCGGUCUUGUUCUCCCUGACUGUGUACCUGAUCUUCUGCCUGCCAUUCCUCCUGCUGGACCUGCUCUCCUCCAGGUGGAGCUUGGUGCGCAGGUACAAGUUACAACCUCAGAGCAUCAGCAACUGGACCACAGUGCAAAGCUGUCUGGCUCUGACCCUCUAUAACCACAUCAUCUUCAUCUUCCCCCUCACCGUGCUCAACUGGUACCUGCGACCAGUGCUGCUGCCCCAGGAGGCUCCACCCCUACCUCAAAUGGUAGCUCAGGUCCUAGUCUGCCUGCUCCUUUUUGACUUUCAGAGCUUCACCUGGCACUGGCUCCACCACAAGGUGCCCUGGUUAUAUCGCACCUUUCACAAGCUGCACCACACCUACACCUCCACCUCAGCACUUACUGCAGAGUACUCCGGAGCCUGGGAGACACUGAGUUUGGGACUAUUUGCUGCUGCCAACCCUUUGUUGCUGAGUUGCCAUCCACUCACAGAGAUGCUCUUCUUUGUUGUGAACAUUUGGCUGUCGGUGGAAGACCACUGUGGUUAUGAUUUUCCCUGGGCCACACACCGUCUGAUCCCUUUCGGCCUGUAUGGCGGUGCACACCACCAUGACCUCCACCACCUCAAGUCAAAAUGCAACUAUGCACCUUACUUCACACAUUGGGACCGUCUUGCUGGGACACUGUACACAUAGGACUGAGCCAUGGGGACAAGGUGUUCCUGAAUGCAACUCAUCUUAGACUGCCUCAAAUGUCCGGAUGCAGACAUUCAUGGACUGAUAAAGACUGUAGACUGACGCGCCAGUACAGAAGUUUUUUUUUUUUUU